AUGCAAUCAAGGUGCUUUAAUGAGAUCUUGAAGAAAUUGAGGAUAAAAAUUCAUGUGACUGAGGCAUUGCAACAAAUAUUUGAAUAUGCCAAGUUUUUGAAGAAACUACUCAAAAGAAGGAAAUAUGUAGAGGAGAACACAACUGAGAUGCAGGGGGAUUGCAGUGUGAUCUUACAAAAGGCACUCCCUCCUGAUGUGGAAGAUCCAAGAAGUUUCAAUAUUCCUUGCACUAUUGAAAGCCACAAAAUAGGGAAAGCCUUAAUUGAUUUGAGAUCCAAUAUCAAUUUAAUGCCCUUAACUGUUGUUGAAAAGAUUGGUGGCUUGAAAGUUAAGCCAGCAAGAAUGUCUCUUCUUAUGGUAGAUGGAUCCCCCAAAAGACCCUAUGGUGUGGUGGAAGAUGUGACAGUGCAAACUAACAACCUGAGAUUCCUGGUGGAUUUUGUGGUACUAGAGAUAGAGGAAAAUUUGGAGAUCCCUAUUAUUCUUGGAAGGUCGUUCGUGAAGAUGGCCAAAGUGAUCAUCAAUGUUAAUAAUGGUACCAUAGCUCUUAAAGACCAAGAAGAGGAGGUGAUUUUCAAUGUCUUCAAUGCUGAGCAGCAGGCCCAAGUGAAGAAUGCUGAGAUUGAUUUGUCCAAUUCUGACUUCGUGACCAAAGAACUAUUCCUUAACUGCGGAGUUCUGAUGGGAUCCGGUGCAUUAGUGCUG